AUGUACUUAGAACUUUGUGGCUACAUGUACUUAGAACUUUGUGGCUACAUGUACUUAGAACUUUGUGGCUACAUGUACUUAGAACUUUGUGGCUACAUGUACUUAGAACUUUGUGGCUACAUGUACUUAGAACUUUGUGGCUACAUGUACUUAGAACUUUGUGGCUACAUGUACUUAGAACUUUGUGGCUACAUGUACUUAGAACUUUGUGGCUACAUGUACUUAGAACUUUGUGGCUACAUGUACUUAGAACUUUGUGGCUACAUGUACUUAGAACUUUGUGGCUACAUGUACUUAGAACUUUGUGGCUACAUGUACUUAGAACUUUGUGGCUACAUGUACUUAGAACUUUGUGGCUACAUGUACUUAGAACUUUGUGGCUACAUGUACUUAGAACUUUGUGGCUACAUGUACUUAGAACUUUGUGGCUACAUGUACUUAGAACUUUGUGGCUACAUGUACUUAGAACUUUGUGGCUACAUGUACUUAGAACUUUGUGGCUACAUGUACUUAGAACUCUGUGGCUACAUGUACUUAGAACUUUGUGGCUACAUGUACUUAGAACUUUGUGGCUACAUGUACUUAGAACUUUGUGGCUACAUGUACUUAGAACUUUGUGGCUACAUGUACUUAGAACUUUGUGGCUACAUGUACUUAGAACUUUGUGGCUACAUGUACUUAGAACUUUGUGGCUACAUGUACUUAGAACUUUGUGGCUACAUGUACUUAGAACUUUGUGGCUACAUGUACUUAGAACUUUGUGGCUACAUGUACUUAGAACUUUGUGGCUACAUGUACUUAGAACUUUGUGGCUACAUGUACUUAGAACUUUGUGGCUACAUGUACUUAGAACUUUGUGGCUACAAGUACUUAGAACUUUGUGGCUACAUGUACUUAGAACUUUGUGGCUACAUGUACUUAGAACUUUGUGGCUACAUGUACUUAGAACUUUGUGGCUACAUGUACUUAGAACUUUGUGGCUACAUGUACUUAGAACUUUGUGGCUACAUGUACUUAGAACUUUGUGGCUACAUGUACUUAGAACUUUGUGGCUACAUGUACUUAGAACUUUGUGGCUACAUGUACUUAGAACUUUGUGGCUACAUGUACUUAGAACUUUGUGGCUACAUUAAGCUGACCACUGCCUUGACCCGCACCAUCCUGUAG